CCCGUUGGCUCUGCACUAGUUGCUGUGGCAGCGGGCGCGAUGUGGCAAGUCCUGGCAGCUGGCUCGCUCUUCUUCCCGGGGCUCUACCUCGUGGUUAAACGCUGUGCCCACUGGGCUCGGCCCGACUGGACAGAGGGGGAGUGCUCGCUCGUCAGUGCCAGGAUAGUUUCCUCCCUACAAGGAAUCCUUGCUGCUACAUCUGGGAUUAUCAUAAUUACAUCUUGCAAAGAUGUGAAAUUUGACAGACACUGGCUGGCAACAGGGUACAUCUGGUUCAUUAUUCCAUAUAUGGUGUAUGACACGUAUGCGAUGUACCUUCGGCACUGGUAUAAAUGUCAGGACAAAAGGAUCUUAAAUGGGAAAGAACAUUUCUCCAAAGCAAUGAACAGCCUCCUAAAGAAGGACUUCCUCAUGCUCGUCCAUCACACUGCAAUUCUAACUAUUAUUGUGCCUAUUGGUCUGUUUUUAAGAAGAGAUAUUGGUGAUUUCUUUGUUGGCUGUUUGUUUACAGCAGAACUGAGCACUCCAUUUGUAUCACUUGGUAAAGUUUUAAUACAGAUAAAUUGGCAAAAUUCCCUCCUGCAUAAAGUGAACGGUGCUCUUGUGCUGAUUACCUUUUUUAUCUGUCGCAUUCUUCUUUUUCCAUUCAUGUACAAUGCCUAUGGAAAACAGUAUGGGAUCCCAAUAUACAAAGUGCCUUUCAAUAUCCCUCUGCACUGCAAUGUCAUAAACGCCAGCAUGAUGGCCCCACAGAUAUACUGGUUCUGGCUCAUAUGUCGAAAAGCUUUAAGACUUUAUACCAGCCAUCCGCAGACAAAAGACAGAUAACACUGUUUGCAGGUGGCAGCAGAGACUGCCAUGGAUUCAUUCCAGAGAUAAACUGCCUUGGAUGUGACAAGGCCUCUCAGUGUGCCACCAGCCUCUCUUGCAAAGGAGGAAAUGUACAUGUUUGCCAACCAGUGUUUAAGCUUCCUAAACAACGAAGGGGAAGCAUUAACAACCACUUCAUGAAAGAUAACAAAACACACUGGAUAUGAAUAUAAGAGACGCUAGGGUCUUUUUUUUAUGUUUUUCAACUGACAGGCUAUUUAGUAAGGUGAGAAUUGCUGGGAAUUCAAAGUGAAUUCAAAACGUAAGGCCGAAAUAGCCAAACACAACACAUAAAUGAAAAAUUGUCCUAAAGAAUCUAUUUUGGCUUUUUUUUUUUUUUUUUUAUUCACUUUGAAUUUCUGGCAAUUCUCACUUAAGUGAAUAAACCCAAGAAUGAAAGUCAAACAUUAGGUCAAAAUUUGAAAAUUCUCAGUCAGCUAUAUUUUCUGUUCAGUUAUUUUAGCGUAACAUUUGAAAUGCACUCCAACCAUUCACACUGUUCGAUUUUGCUUUGAAUGGAACAGUGUUUGAAUGACAUAAAAUGAAACUAGUGCUAAAAUACAAUUCCUUCUGUGAGCAAAAGCACUUCUUAACAUUCGAAAAUACACUGCCUAGCCAAAAAAAAAAGUCGCCACCAAAGAAAAAGGUCACACACUCUAAUAUUUUGUUGGACUGCCUUUAACUUUGCUUACGGCAUGUAUUCGCUGUGGCAUUGUUUCGAUAAGCUUCUGCAAUGUCACAAGAUUUAUUUCCGUCCAGUGUUGCAUUUAUUUUUCACCGAGAUCUUGCAUUGAUCAUGGGAGAGUCGGACCACUGCACAAAGCCUUCUCCAGCAAAUCCCAAAGAUUCUCAAUCCGGUUAAGGUCUGGACUCUGGUGGCAAAUCCAUGUGUGAAAAUGAUGUCUCGCUCCCUGAACCACUCUUUCACAAUUUGAGCCCCAAUGAAUCCUGGCAUUGUCAACUUGGAAUACGCCCGUGCCAUCAGGGAAGAAAAAAAUCCAUUGAUGGAAUAACCUGGUCAUUCAGGUAGUCAGCUGACCUCGUUGUUUGGGCACAUAAUGUUGCUGAACCUAGACCUGACCAACUCCAGCAACCCCAGAUCAUAGCACUGCCCCCAAAGUAGGCAUUAAGCAUGAUGGGUGCAUCACUUCAUCUGCCUCUCUUCUUACCCUGAUGCGCCCAUCACUCUGGAACAGGGUAAAUCUGGACUCAUCAGACCACAUGACCUUCUCCAUUGCCCAUUGCUCCAGAGUCCAAUCUUCAUGCUCCCUAGCAAAUUGAAGCCUUUUUUUCUGAUUAGCCUCACUGAUUAGCGAUUUUCUUACACAGCUGUUCAGUCCCAAUCCCUUGCGUUCACUUCGCAUUGUGCGUGUGGAAAUGUUCUUACUUUCACUAUUAAACAUAGCCCUUAGUUAUACUGUUUUCCUAUGAUUUGAUUUCACCAAACGUUUAAGUGAUCGCCAAUCACGAUCAAUCAGGACUUUUUUCCGACCACAUUUUUUUCAUCAAAGAUGAUGGUUCCCCACUAUCCUUCCAGUUUUUAAUAAGGAGUUGGACAGUUCUUAACCCAAUUUUAGUAGUUUCUGCAAUCUCCUUAGAUGUUGUCUCUACUUGAUACAUGCCAAUGAUUGGACCCUUCUCAAACAGACUAACAUCUUUUCCACGACCACGGGAUGAGUCUUUCGACAUGGUUG